AAUGUAACCACGCCACAACUGUCAAAAAACGACAAUUGUGUAAAAACGCCCUAUCGCCAUCUCUCAUCUGUCUCUUUUGACAUCUUGCCUACUCCUUUUAGUUUGGUGUUCCUCCAAAUCAGACAUUAAAAAUGAAGCUUAACAUUUCAUAUCCCGUAACGGGAUGCCAAAAACUUUUCGAAGUUGUUGACGAACACAAAUUGCGUGUGUUCUAUGAAAAACGUAUGGGCCAAGUUGUCGAAGCCGACAUCCUCGGUGACCAAUGGAAAGGUUAUAUGCUUCGUAUUGCCGGAGGUAACGACAAACAAGGUUUCCCCAUGAAACAAGGUGUCUUGACUCAUGGUCGUGUACGUUUGUUGUUGAAGAAGGGACACUCUUGCUACCGUCCUCGCCGUACUGGUGAACGUAAGAGGAAAUCAGUCCGUGGCUGCAUUGUUGAUGCCAACAUGUCCGUUUUGGCUUUGGUUGUUGUCAAGAAGGGUGAACAAGAAGUUGAAGGUCUUACCGACGUCACUGUUCCCCGUCGUUUGGGUCCCAAGAGAGCCAGCAAGAUCCGCAAGUUGUACAACUUGACCAAGGAAGACGAUGUUCGUCGCUUCGUUGUACGUCGCCCUCUCCCCGCCAAGGAUGGCAAGAAGGCCACCUCCAAGGCUCCCAAGAUCCAACGUCUCGUCACCCCCGUUGUCUUGCAACGUAAACGCAGACGUGUUGCCCUCAAGAAGAAACGUCAAGUAGCCUCCAAGGAAGCUGCUGCUGAUUACGCUAAAUUGUUGGCUCAACGCAAGAAGGAAAACAAAGCCAAGCGCGAAGAGGCCAAGAGACGUCGUUCCGCAUCCAUGCGCGAAUCAAAGAGCUCCAUCUCUAGCGACAAAAAGUAAAUAAAAACAACAUCAAGAUUUAAACAUAUUGUUUAUUUUUAAAAAUAGGGAGGCAUUUUUAGAUGGUUUCGUGAAUUAAAUAAAACACGAAAAGUAAACAGAAAAUAAAAAAAUAUUGUUUUUUAUUUAAAAAAAAAAA